UAUCAGUUAUUAGCAUUUCUUACCGCGCGUGGUCCCUUUGCCGGCUCGAUGGAAUCUAUACUUUGUAUUGUUUUGCUGAUUUUGGCAAGAAAACACGUUACUGAGGCAGCUAGGUUGAAUCACCCGCGUGUGUUACUGCCUAUAUUUGAAGAGAAGGCUAUUAACUUUACCCUGGAAGUCGACGAGCCAAACUGCUACAAAUGGUCGUCUUCGCGCCAGGAUUUGAUAUCUGUCAUGCCAAUUUACAAGGGGUUCAGCGAGUGUGCAUAUCAGGCGGUGGUGACAGUCCGCACUCACGAUCGUCGGAGAAACACUGCAAUCGUCUUUGCCGAGGAAGUGCACACGGGCGACACUCUGCGAUCCGACGUGAUUGUGGAUGCCAUUGCCAGUCUAAAUGUGCGCACCGCCACCCGGCAACUUUAUCUGGAGGAGGCGCCUGCCAUUUUCGAACUGCACGCCUUUGAUGAGCAAGGUAACGAGUUUUUUACCUUGGAGGGAAUUGAGUUUGACUGGGAGAUUUCGGAACCUGAUAGCAAUAAACCCACCGCAAUGCGCUACCUCGCGUUUACGGACAGUCCCUACCACACGGUGCCGUCCACCCUGGAAAAAUUUGAAGCUGACGGCAAAAAGGGGCACAUGAUCCUCCUUGAGGGCAUUAACACUGGCACCGCCAAGGUGACCAUCGGCAUGCCUCAAGCCGAGUACAAGCAUGUGCGGCCAGUCGUGGUGUACAUCAGCGUUCUCGCCAACAUUAUAAUAGAGCCCUCGGAGGUAAUCAUUAUGGCCGGAGACUCUGUCUCAUUCCGCAUUCUCCAGCUGAAAAUGGACCGACUACACGUAAUAGACAACAAUCAGUAUUAUCUGGAGAUGGAGGACUCCAGCAUUGCAAACCUUCGGGGCAACACUGCCACCGGAGCGGCUCUCGGUCGCACCCAGGUUUUUCUUCGAGAUCGCAACAUGGCGGACUCUGAUAAGGUUCAAAAGGGUCCCAGCGCUUUAUUGACUGUUGCAUAUCCAAAUAGGUUGUCCAUCAGCCUUUUGCCCCAUCUCAAUUGGGUAACAGUGCAAGGCGAGCAUCACGUUAUUGCGUUGGAUCUUUUUGCUGCCGACGGUCAGAAGAUAACAAUGGGCACCAAAUAUUCGAUCAACUCAGAGGUAGAUGAGUCCUUGUUCGCCAUUGUUGACCGUACUCGCAACGGAAGCCGCCUUUUCGGUCUGGCAAAAAAAGAGGGCAUCACACAGGUGUAUGGCUCAUAUAAAGACCUGUCGGUACAAGCUGAACUUCAGAUCUUCGAGGAGCUUCAGUUAGUGCCAACCAAGGUGGUGUUGCCCUACGAUCCGAACAGUGUAAAACCUUUAAAGCUGCAGUUUCAUGCAGCUGGCGGAGAUAACAACUACGUUUGGUUCUCAGGAAAUCCACAAGUGCUUCAGAUUGACCCCCAGGGCCUAGCCACAACUGAAAUUCGCGACGUGAAAUCGGCUAACGUAAACCAGGAGGUUCUAAAAGAUGGUAGUAAACUGACCGCCCACACUACCGUUAAAGUGGCUCUAUUCAAGAACCAAAAAAUUUCCCGUCUUGCACAUAUAUACUUUCUUCCCCCUGAGCGCCUUCAGAUCACGCGCAGCAACUUUGAGACUGCCCUGAAAGACUUCGUACAUGUGCAUGUGAGCGUAUACGCUCGAAUUAACAAUACAGAGGUUCCCUACACAAGUUGCGGCAGUCUUCACUUCCAACUAGACUUCAGCCAUCCCAUUCUGCAAUUGGAGAGUAAUGAAGGGGAGGAAGCUGCUCAUGAGGCGUGUCAUGUGCUGCGGUUGCGGGCCACCGCUGUGGGCACCACCUCGCUGCGAGUCUCCUAUAUGUAUCUGGACAAAGUGCUUUACGACAUUAUUGAUCUGUACGUUUUUGAGCCCUUAGUCGUGUUUAAUCCCCUAGAAAACGAAGUGGUUCUUCCCGUCGGGUCAUCCCGUAAUAUAAUUUAUACUAAUGGACCGCAGCGUAGUUUUACUGUGGCAGCCGAAAUCACAAAAUCUACUACAUUUGACGAAAAAAUAUUACAAGUGUCUGAGCUAGAGUUCGACACACAAAAUUUGAUAACCGCGUUCACUGUCUUGUGUCGUGAGCUGGGCGAAACGCAGUUCACUUACCGGGUGCAUAAUAAUCUUUCCACCUCUAGCUUUGUGGUAUAUCGAUCAGAGGUGACCACAAAGGUGCAUUGCGUCAGCCCUCGCUUCUUAAAGCUGUAUGCUCGCCAUAACCUGCGUGACUCCUGUCCCCUGGAGAAGCGCACUUCGUUAUUAUUCCUGAAAGACCCAGAGAACAAGAUUGAAAUUGAAAUCGAUGUACAAGAUUCGAAUAAUCGUAGGCUUAUGAAUAUCAGCUCGCUGGGUCUUGACUGGGAGUUUGCCGCUGGUGAAGAGCGAUACCAGAAGAACAUUAUCCCGCACCGUCAGAUUUCUGAAUUGGAAUUUAAUCAUGGAGUUACCCUGCCGAGUCGCGAUCUUCUUGUCUUGACGUUGAGUGAAGUGACGACUAAGUUCCGCAUCAAGGGAACGGUAUCCCGGUAUAACGACAAACUACUUGCCCAACAGGGUAUUUACGCGGAGCGUCCUCCAUUUGGAAUCAAAAAUCCUCAGACGGGGUUAGUAUACACUCCUUUGAUUGAAAAUGAAAUUAGGUUCCACACGGUAAACAGCACGUUGUUGCCAAAAGAUUACGUGAGCAUUUUCCUAGCUUCGGGCUAUAGCGAGCGUAUUCCAAUCGCGCAGGGCAGCGGUUACUUGCAGCUGGAACUCUCCGAAGUGGGCAUUGUUGAGGUUGAAUACAAUGAAAAGACACGUAUCCUAGUGCUGACGCCACUGCGCUUUGGCCAUGUUCGUCUUGAGUUAACCGACCGUUGUUUAAUAAACGAACCCAGCCAUUUAUCCAUCUCUGUUGUUGGAAUCGGGUCUAUUGCAGUAGCUAGCAUGGACCGGCUAGAACGAACUACUAAAAUCGAAGCUAUCGUCAGGCUUUUUGAUACCAACGAAAACCUCUUGCUCGUGGACCGGAGCAAACUUAGUGCGUACGAUUUAUCCGAGGUCGUCUUAGAUCAAAGUGUAUUGAGCGUGCGCUUAGGCGAGCAGGAUAAUCUAGGACCCGGAGAGAUCCGCUACACCAUUAUGGGCAACCAAGUCGGCGAAACCAAAAUAUUAUUUGAGUCUGGCAAAGGCAUUCAUAAGGUGAAAAGCGACCCUGUAAACAUUCAAGUUUUCGCUCCAAUUCGUCUCUUUCCGCGGGACUCAACACUAGUAGUGGGGAGCAGUAUACAUGUCUACUACCAAGGAGGACCGGUCCCAAAUACCAACAUGAUAUUCUCAGUGGAGAAGGAGCAAGUAGCAACUAUAAGCUCUACUGUUGUUACGGCCCAUAAGCUUGGGACUACCAAAAUCGUUGGCAAGUGUCUUUUAAAAAACCCUGUCACCGGAAAGGACGAGGUGGUCUCCCAGGACUCGGUGGAGGUACACGUAGUGGCCCUCAGGGGAGUUCAGAUUCGAACGCCUUUGGUCCGCAUUCAUAUCGGAGCCAUAAUGCCAGCCACCUUGUGGGGUCUUUCUGAUUUGUCGCCCAUAGUACUGGCUACCAUGCAAAACACUAAAAUUUCCUGGAAAGUAAGCCAACCGCAGGUGUUAGAGAUUUUUAACGUAUUUACGGCUGCAGGAAUAGAGUACCAGAGUGAGGAUUUGAUAUCGGUUAGAGUAAAAGCCCUUAAUCCCGGAAAGGUUACAAUAACAGCAUCGGUUAUUUUGGCAGACGGGACAUUGCUGCCACCAGCUACAGUGGAGCUACUAGUUUUUAAGACUCUGGAAUUGUUAACACCAAAUGCCAUUAAAAUGGAUUCCAUUUUGGCUUCUCCGCGAAGCACUCUUCAGCUUAAAUGUAAUAUGGAUGAUGUGGUCUAUAAACUGGACGAUGGAAGUAAUGGCAUUGUUAAUGUAACACCAGAUGGCCUUGUACACACAAAGGACUUGCUUGGCCGUGAUCUAAUAAUUGCGACGACAACGGACCAAUCACUAUCCAUAGGAAUUGAAGUUAAAAAUGUGCAAUACAUUUUAGUAACGCUGAUGCCAAUUCUUAAAUUUAGAAGGCUUGAACACAAGAUUCCGCGUGGAAUGAACUUUGUGUUUAAAGUGUCGCUUCACGACAAUUUAGGCAACGAGUUUUCACACAACACCGAGGAUGCCAACGGACUACGAUAUGAACUCGGGAACAAAGAUGAUGUUGAUGUUCAGAUAGAUAAUAAUCUGACGUUUGCGUUGAACUUGAUGCGGGAGACCAACAAUUUCAUUGCUAUUAGUCUAAGGGACUCAACGGGUGUCAAGCACUCCAUGGACUUCAUAAAGCUAUCUGUUGUCGAGCCGGACAAUUUAUUUCCUACCAAGACAACUUUCUCUGUAGGCGACAUCAUUUGUUUCGAUUCACCUUUAACGUUAUCAUCGACUUGGAGAAGCUCGAAUCAGCAGAUUGUUUUUAUUAAUAAACAGACAGGUAUUGCCCAGGUGUUAAGUCAUCGGCUAAAGCCGGGAGAAAAGAUUGAGAUCACCAAUGGCGACGAGAUAAAACGCGGAGGAUUUAUAAAGUAUGACUUGGAAGUUCGUGAAUCUGAUACGAUUUUGUUUGUGAAAUCAUUGGACACAUUCAGCGGACCGGAGUAUCGGGGACAGCUAGUUAUUCGCAACCACUUGCAGACCGAAAAGUAUAGUAAUCUUAUUGCACAAAAUGUUUCAAAGUGUGCCAGUGAAUUGGGAAGCUUGCCAGUGAAUGUCUUUACCUGUCGACUGGCGGCCAAGGACUCACUAGGUCGCCAAUUACUAGAAAUGUACAAAGUUGAUGCAUUGUUCGAUGCUGGCAGCGGGCAGUACUCUUGUCGACUAGAGUUGCUCACCAGUUUUAUUGAGUUGUUGGCUAUUGUCAAGACAAACGAUGUCUACCUGGAGCUGGAGGCAGUGGUGACCAAGGGAGUGUCCGAUAAAAUGUCAUUGAAAUUAAUACCCGGUAUCAAAGUUUUUCCUGAAUCUGUGCAUGUCACCGAUUUAAAGCCACACGAGAUUCACAUUAGUGGACUAGACAAGGCGUUGCUCAAGGUUCAGGUGAAGCCAUCGGAUUCAAAAUAUUUUGCUGUUGAUUUCAUCGAGCAUGGACAUGGUCUAAGCAAAUACCGUUUACAACUGUUUGAGGACUUUCCGCUGGAUGAACACUUCUACAUUUUAGUAAUGUCACCGGAGACAAAACAGAGUAUCGAGGUGCCUAUUGUCGGCAAUACCAUGCUGGUCCACAAAUGCACAGACCGCCCAUAUGGCGGUCCUCUGGUGUAUCGGAUGCUGGAGAAUUUGGGCUUUGUGCUGACUACCACGGUUAUUAUAAUCGUUUCCAUAUGGGUAUACAUGUCUUGCUUUCAAACUCAGGGCGGCACGCAAGUUAACUUCGAUGCAUUCCCAAAAAAAAAGUCGGUGACAUCGCUAACUGCUUCUCCCAGAUUGUUGCAUCAAGGCGAUACACUUGGAGAUUCCUUUAACGUGAGAAACUUUUCUUCGGAUCGACGAAGUCAGCAAUCGGAUGCUUCGUCGGAGGCGUAUAUUUAUGGACACCCUCGACUGAAUUCUCCAAACAAAUCAGGAAGCUCGACUCGAUUUAGUUAGUUGGAUACCUAAAUUAAAGACUGUCAGCAAUCCGACUCGGGUUUUAUGUAAAAUAUAAGAUAAACUCAGGCUUUUGUAA